UUCAGAAAUUCACAGGUAGAAGCAAAACGCAAGCCGCGCAGCAGCAAUCAGCAGAGCCCCUAGCUUUGCCUCGCUGCGCUCGCUUGCAUCUUCUUCCUGAUCCACUCCUCCGUCGCCAUGAUGGCCUGGCCGGAAGAACCGCAGCCCCAUAAUGGUAACGGCGAGUGGCCCGACGCAGAACUGUUCGAGUCCGCCAACUUCUACCCGUCCGACGCCAGUGAUGAGCGGGCACAGCAUGGUGCCAACAACUUCCUGAACACCGCCAACCAAGACACUGGAGGAUCUGCGGGCCUUACAUACUCAGCGUCAUGCCCGUCAUUCUCAGGGAUGGACGACACCGACGAGUUUAUGGGCGGGACUGCUGGUGGCAAUGGCCUCAUGCCCUACCCGUUCGACUCGCAGGAGCCACUCAUGGAUGCAUUGGGCCAAUCUGAGGACACAUCGUUCCCUAACGACAAGAACUAUGACAUGCUGCUGCAGUUCCAGCAGGAAUACCAGAACUCCUCGCAGCGCCAGUUCCCGCAUCAGCAAGUGAUGGGGCACCCCAUGGACUUAAUGCAACAGCAGCAGAUGUCCGGAGGAAGACGCGGCUUCCACGGCUCGCAAUCAUUCACCAGUCUGUCCAAUAUGGAAUCCGAGUAUAACCGAAUGAAUGCUAAUAGCAAGAGAAAGAAAGGAACCGAGCGAUGGAUGAAGCUGCAGCGUCACAAAUCCUUUGACUCCUCGACGCCCAUUUCGGAUUCUUUUAGCUUUGAUCCCAAUGCGACUUUUGGCAGCGCGUUCGGGUCAUCGAACCCCACGCCCGACCAGCUGCUCCAAGAACCACCGGAUAGUGACAUGAUUGGAUUCUCUAUUGACGACUUCCCACCUUCGAUCCAAUCCAAUGACCCAAAUUGGCCUCCAGUCGCGUAUGGAUCCGCACCGAGCGCUAUCGGUGGGAAUUAUAUGCAGCAGGCGCACCAGAAGCGUCACCAGCAGCAGCAGCAUCAUCAUCAUCAUCAUCAUCAUCAAGCUUCUAUGCAGUCAUUGAGUGACGCUAGUGGUGAUAAUUCGGUAUCCUCAUCGGCAGAAGUCGAACCUGUGUCGGAGUUGGACAUGCUACUGUCGGAGAACGAACGAGCGAACCUUUUUGAUGCUAUUCGCGAUUUCGAGUCGCCUAACGUGAUGGAUGCCCAGCCCUCACCUGAACAACCUCCUCAGCAGUCUGCACAAAUAUCACUGAACGAAACGAAGGAGCAGAGCGGCGCGUCUUCAACGGAGAGAAAGAAGACGACAGCUAGCUCUUCGAUCCACCCUGGAAGUCACCAGAAAAGCCUAAAUAAUGCUCCGAGACCGCUGACGUUGGACUCGUCUUCGUUAGCUCCUCCAGCUGGGAUGCCUCCCUCCGGUUGUGUUCCGAUGCGUACGCGUCUCCACCAGAUUCUGGUGCAUUCCGUGCAGAACUCGGAUGCUGGGUCUUCGUUGUCGUCUUACGAACGCAAUUACCUGAUGCAGUCGCCGUUGUUUUUCCCAGCCAAAGCACCCGAGACGGCUGGAUCCCUGUGGCUAUUGUUGCACGCAGCGCAGUGUGAAAGCGGUUGUGAAAUAGGCGGAUGCAGUGUUAUGCGUCGCGUGCUGAAUCACUGUCUUGGAUGCGAACUCGUUGUUGGCAAGUGCAAACAACCCUGUAACGACGCCAAGGCGAUGCUUCUUCACUAUGGUUCAUGUAACAGCAAGGGUAGUAUGCAUGGACGUUCAUGUUCAGUUUGCUGGAAUUUACUGGAGAUCGACUAUUCCCACCAAGCGCUGAGCAAUGGCAAUGGAGGUGGACGUUCCAAUGGCCAGACACCGAGCACCGCUCCGUCAUCGUUCGUGUCGACGUCACCGUCACCGUUAAUGGGGACACCACCGCUUGUGCCAAUGCCUAUGAGCCCUGGUUUGGGAAGCUCACCAGCAUACCGUUCACCAUCGAGACGCUCGACAAGUUGCUCAGGCACCACGAAGCAUGUGCCUAUACAGCCGAAUCCGCUUCCGACGGCUUCGAACCCGAUGGGGCUUAUGGGUGCUUUACCUCCCCAUUUCGGGUACUCCCUUUCAUUGUAUUUGGAGCAGACAUCUGCUCCGUUCCGCGCAGAAGUCAAGUCUCGUGUCGAGAAGCGCGUGACUGCUGCCGCCGGCCAAGACUUGCUGCAACACAUGCAGAAGAAGACGCGAUUGCGUAGUCUGGACGACCUCCGCUCCGAGGCUCGAACUAUUGUGCUGGGGGAGAUGGAGCGGGAACUUCACCUACAUAUGCAAGCGUACAAUUGGGCCAAUUCGACCUCGAGCGGCAGCUUGCCCGAGGGAUCGUCGCAACUUCCUCCGUAUCUGCUGAACUUCUCGGUGGCUGGAUUCGGUGCCUUUCAAGCUCAGCAGGCUGCGUUCCAGGCGGCUGUAGCCACAGGAUCGUCACUACCACCUGCAGUGCCAUCAACUUCGCCGCCGGUGGGUGCUCGACGAUCCGCCAAGCUCGCCCCCAGUGGUAGUCCGCCGAAGGCUCCUGCACGCGAGAAGUGAACUGGCAAGAGUUUUUGAAGUGUCAUGUGAUGAAAAGUGGUAAUUUAUUCCGUCAAUAAUUAAUUGUACCUAAAUGCUCGUUCAUUGGCCA